AUGUAUCUACCAGCACUAGUACUACCGCUGCUGCUAGCGGUCUCGUCAGAAGCAGGCCUCAUUUUCAGAAGGUUGCCGCAGGACCAAGUUUUAGCCAGGCAGAAUAGCGUAGCAAGCGGAUUUCAUGAUCCAAAUCUGCUCGCCUCAGGAGCGUCCGCAUCCGCAGCUCCAGCGAAAGCUUCUCCAACCACUGAGGUCUUUUUCGAAUUCACCGUCGAACCUGAGGCUUCUUCUAUCCCUCCUACUACUGCAGUGACGGCCACAUCGGCUUUAUCGACAUCUCCUGCUGCCGGCACAACUUCACCAACUUUCUCGCGUAGUCUCAACCUAGGCAGCCUGGGGUCAUCCCUGAAACCCGAGAGUACCGCUGCCCUCCUACCGACAAGCUCUGGAUCAUCAGCCUCAACCAUAGUCACAGGCACCACUGAAAUUACGACAGCGACGGCGUCGACGUCUCCUAGUACGACACCGCUAACUACUGCAACUGCACAAAACACAACAAAGGUGACUACUCCAGCCAUUCAAACCACUGCCGUAGCCAGGAAUUCUUCAGGCGCGGUGAUCUCCUCGAACAGCACUACUGUUCUUGCUACUGGCAAUUCUGCGGCGUCGACGUCUUCUCGUACGACACCGCUGACUACUCCAGCCACUCAAACAACUGCCAUAGCCAGGACUUCUUCAGGCACUGUGAUCUCCUCGGACACCACUACCGCUCUUGCUACCGGCAACUCUACGGCAUCGCCAUCGACUGCCAAAGUCAGUGUCGAAACAAAAACCGUAUAUAUUACUGUGGACCGGUCAACAGGACUGUCGGCAAGACCUACCAAUACUUCGACGGCCUCGACCGACUUUGAGUCGACUGUGACUCUGGUCGUCACCACACCCACGGUCUUCGUAACAGUUACUCCCACCGACACUGCAUCAGCUGGGACAUCUUCGACGCGGUCCACCUCACCGCCCGCAUCUCAGGCGCCGACAACUCCUUCGCGCCAAAACACCGAGAUCCCUACUGGAAUCCCCAACGCCCGGGUACCGACGGCCAUCCACGUGAAGAAUCCCGCGGCCACAGCCACAGCCACGGUCUCGCCUGCCGACUACCAGGUUAACAUGCGCUACGCCAAGAACUUCAACCAGGUAUCCAGUACACUUGACAAGAAGUCGGCGUGCGCCUCGGGGCAAACUGCCUGCAUUGAUGGCGAUUUACACGUCUGCGAAGACAACCGCUACCAGAUGUGGGAGGACUGCAAAUCUAGGCAGCUCAGAUGCUUUGGAAUGCCCAUGAACACCACCAUCGGCAUAUUUGUCGAUUGCUGGGAGCCUGCCUUUGCCAACUCGGUUUUGGGCGGCGCGGCCGGUAGGCCUCCGUCCUUGCCAUCGCCGUCAUCGACUGCAACUGGACCUGCAACUGGAACCGGAACUGGAACCGGAACUGCCACUACUCGCACGAGCACAACAGUUCCUCCUCCUCCACCAACCCCAUCGCCAAGCACAAAGACCCUGACACCAACCACAACACCCCAAACACCGACCACAAGCCCAUCCUCGUCUUCGCCUCCGCCGCCGGUGCCAACGCCCUCAACCACAAAGGCAGCGACCACGACUGAGACGUCCACAUUUACGACUUCGACCUACUCCAAGACGCACACUGCCGAGUUCAUCGAAGUCACCGUAAUAUCACACCACAGGCCAAAGACCACCGCCACCUGA